UGUUUUUGAUCAAUUAUUCUUAAAAAAUAAUUAAUUAGAUCAAAAAAAUGAGCCACAACGUGAACGUCCAGCUGUGCAAUACAUUCAACAACCAUGGAAUUUGAUAAUACAGAAACAGAUAUUCCAUCCAAAUGAGCAACUUAAUGAUGAACAAGAAAUUGAGCUUAUUUUUGCGCAGAUUAUUAACGAUUGUCGUAAACCUAAGGCCUACCGAAUGCGUAGUUACGAGCGUGAUGCAGUCAGUAAUAUUUUACGUAAGUGCCGUGUUGAUUUUUUGUUCGGAAAAAAUGGAAUUGAUGUUACUGACAUUAAUGGCAAUUAUCGUAUCCCACCAUCAUCACUGGAUAAUCUCCAGGAAAUCCCAGUGGAAGUGAAAAUAGCUGUCAUCCAGUGCGCUAGACAAUGGCCGCUUUACUUCAGUGUCCAAUUUCUAGUCCUUGAUCAGCACAUUAAUCCUCUUACUGAGGAAAUCGUCAAAUCACGUCGAAUACUAGCAGUUCAUGAAACUGGCUUGACGUACGUCUUUCAUUUUUGCUAA